AUGCCAAAAGUCCUCAUCCUCGGAGCCACCGGCUACCUAGGCUGCCAAAUCGCCAACCUCCUCGUCCAACAAGGCCAAAACACCGUCUUCGGCAUAGCUCGAACUCCUGCCAAAGCAAUCCAACUAUCCAAACAAGAGAUCACCCCGAUCCUCUGUCCAGACCCAGUCAAUGAACCGGGGCCAUACAUCUCAGCCAUCGAGUCAAAGCAUAUAGACGUGGUCAUCGACGUUGCCGGAGCCGACCAUGGAUCCCACAAUUUCCUAAACGAUGUAGCUCAUAUCGGAGCGGAACGCUUGGCAAAUGAUAAGCGCCGAGGAGUGAAAGGUCCUAAACUUGGCUUUAUAUACUGCUCCGGGACCUGGGUGCAUGGAUCUUCGAGUGGACAGCCUGGGGUCAAUGAUCUUGAUAUUGUUGGUUCGGGUGGAAACACACCACCGGAGGAACUGGUUGAGUGGCGCGUUGGUAUGGAAAAUGCCGUCUUGGGUGUGAAUGAUGUACUGGACGUGAUGAUAUUACGACCAGCUCUACUCUACGGGCGGGAAAGUACUAUUUGGUCUUCAUAUAUCAUGCCGGUGUAUCGCGCUGUUCAGGACGGAAGCGACGAUUUUUCUCCGCUUGAGAUCCCGCUGGAUGCUCACUCUCGGCCUGGUCUUAUUCAUGUUGACGAUGCUGCGGCUGCUUUUGUCAAGGCUGUUGAGAAGGUGCAUUUGUUUGCUGGAACGGGAGUGUAUCCUGUCUUCGACCUUGUCACUAGCCAAGAGGGCAUGCGGGAAAUAUUUGACGCCUUGGCGAGAUGUUGGGGGUUUGGAGGCGAGGUUGUGCUGAAGGGCCAUGGUGGGGAUUUGUUUUCUAAGGCCAUGAGUACCAGUUUUAGAGGGUCUUCUGCUCGAGCGCAGCAGUUACUUGGAUGGAAGCCGAAGAGAUUGAAUGGGUUUGUGCAAGAUAUGGAUAUAUUUGCUGCUGCGUUUUUGGCAGAGCAUAACGAUGUUACUAACUAG